AUGUGCGGGAGAUACAGCCUCAUCGCCGACUUGCAGGAUUUGGCUCGCCAGUUCGAGUUUGACGCGGCCGGCUUCGAGAACGCACCCCGGUACAACGUGGCCCCCACCCAGUCGGUACUGACCGUUACCAAUAGGGAAGAGCGGCAAGCCGAAUACAUGCGCUGGGGGCUGAUACCCUCCUGGGCCAAGGACGCCUCCAUCGGCAACCGCAUGAUCAACGCGAGGGGCGAAACAGCAGCCCAGAAGCCCAGCUUCCGCAACGCGCUGCAACGCCGACGAUGCCUGGUGCUGGCCGACGGGUUCUACGAGUGGCAAAAGGUGGGCAAGUCCAAACGGCCCAUGCGCAUUGUCAUGAAGUCGCGAGAACCCUUCGCCUUUGCCGGCUUGUGGGAAUCGUGGCGCGAUCCCCAGGGCGAAACCGUACGCUCCUGCACCAUCGUCACCACCGAGGCCAACGACCUGCUCCGUCCCAUCCACGAGCGGAUGCCGGUGAUUUUGCCCCGGGAACUGGAAGAGUUCUGGCUGGAUGGGGAUGUCAUCGACUCUGCGGCCUUGACUGACGUGCUGGCCCCAUACCCGGAAGACCCGAUGGAGAUCUUCGAAGUUUCAACCCUGGUGAACAAGGCUACCAACAACGGUCCUGAACUGAUAGUGCCGGCGGGACAAGGGCUGUUCGCAUAG